AACAACACAACCGUAUUUCUAUCUCCCAUACCAUCUCUUUCCUUUUAUUUGUUUGCUGACAGAACAUACUCUCAUGAAAACUUUCGGCGAUAAGAAAGAACCAAGAAGUCGAUUCUGAUAAGGGAUAGCCGCUACAGGGAGAUGGCAUGUCAGUGCCGGCGUGAUCUCGAGUGUUGGGAGUCCAACAGUAGCUGGUGUUUUGAUGAAAUAACCUAGAGAAAUAUAAUGAAGUCUCAGAUUUUAAGAAAUUCCAAGUUGUCACGGAGGCUUUUUUCUUCGAAAGUUGACCCAUAUGUGCCUAAAUCUGAGUAUGAUGUUGUCAUCAUUGGUGGAGGACACAAUGGACUUGUUGCUGCAGGAUACCUUCAAAGAAGUGGCAUUAAUGUUUGUGUUCUGGAAAAGCGAUCUGUUGUUGGAGGAGCUGCUGUCACUGAGGAAAUCAUACCUAGUUUCAAGUUUUCUCGUGCGUCAUAUGUUCUUAGCUUGUUGCGGCCUAAAAUAUACAAGGACCUAGAGCUAAAGAAGUUUGGGUUGAAAGUCCAUUUGCGAAAUCCAAGCUCCUAUACACCUCUUUCUGAAAAGUUUUGGAAUACUAAAAAAGCAAGAUCUCUAACGCUUGGUCAAGAUGAAGCCUUCAACUUUCAACAAAUCUCUCAGUUCUCUAUAAAGGAUGCAGAGGCCUAUACUAAAUAUGAAGAACAGCUCCAGAGAAUUGUGCAAGCCCUUGAUCCUCUUCUAGAUUUGUCUCCCUCUACUGCAAUGCACUUUGUCAACAACUCGUCAAUAUGGGGAAAACUUUCAUUGCUUUUUAAUGAACCAAGUAUUGCCAAAGCAGGAGUAAGCCUUGCCAAAUUGGGACCAGAACUACCAGCAGCAUGGCAGCUUUUGAUGGCUCCUGUUAGGCAAAUUUUGGAUAGAUGGUUUGAAUCUGAACCCUUGAGAGCAACUCUUGCUACAGAUGCCUUGAUUGGUGCCAUGCAUGAUACACAUGCCCCAGGUGGAGGGUACGUCUUACUCCACCACGUUAUGGGCGAGCUUGAGGGCAAGAGGGGAGCCUGGGGCUAUCCAGAGGGCGGCAUGGGUGCAGUCACUCAGGCACUUGCCUCUUCAGCAACAUCUCAUGGAGCCAGCAUUUUCACGGAUCAGACUGUCAAGCAAAUUCUUUUGGACAGUUGUGGAAGGGCUGUUGGUGUAGUGACUGCAGACGGGAGAGAGAUAAAAUCCCGCCUGGUUUUAUCAAACACAACAGCAAAGGUGACUUUCCUCAGUUUUUUGCCAAGUGGUACCCUCCCGGAAUCAUACGAAAAAGCGGUCCGUGGUAUCGACUACACUUCCCCUGUCACAAAAAUUAAUGUGGCGGUGAGCAGACUACCCAACUUCCUCGCGGACCCCUGCGUCAAGGCAGGCCAGCCGCUACCGCACCAUCAAACCACGAUUCACCUCAACUGUGAAGACAUGUCCCUGCUGGACGAGGCGUAUGAGGACGCCAAACGGGGACAAGUCUCCAAAAGACCGAUGAUCGAAAUGGUCAUUCCCUCCGUGCUGGACAAGACGAUCGCACCCGAGGGCGCGCAUGUGUGCCUGCUCUUCACCCAGUACACCCCGUACGACCCCCCGGCCGGGUGGGGGGAGGCCGCCAAGGAGGAGUACGCCGCCAAAGUGUUCGACAUCAUCGAGGAGUACGCGCCCGGCUUCAAGGACAGCGUGGUGGGCAAGGAGGUGCUGCCGCCGCCGGACCUCGAGAGGAUCUUCGGCCUGACUGGAGGCAACAUCUUCCACGGCAGCAUGGGGCUGUCGCAGCUGUUUCUCUGCCGCCCGGUGACCCCCGCGGGGUCCCUCAACGUCCCCGAGGCCAUGGCCCCCAUGACGCCGGUCCCCGGACUGCUGCUGUGCGGCGCGGGCGCGCACCCGGGCGGCGGCGUCAUGGGCGCGCCGGGCUGCCUCGCGGCGGACGCCGCCAAGACCCUGCUCGCCAAGCGUCGGCGGCGAUAGGCCGCUCCAAGGGCUGGUCGCAGUGGCUGGUCGCAGUGGCGGAACCUCGACUCGCAGUGUGCAAGGGCCUUCGCCUGGCGGCUUGGCGCGCCACUGUUACUGUACGCGGCCGGAUGCGCCUCGAUGCGCCAUGCGCCGCUUGGCCCGGUGUGCCGGUCACGCCUCCGAAGCCUGCGACAGGUGCGGGCAGGUUCAUUCCGAACUGUGCGUCGCGCGCGCUCUGUGCCGAAGCCGAAAUCCGGCUUAAUAACCCUGUGAUAGCUGGCGGGCGCGGCGGGGGCGUUGUCGGGGUGUGGCUCGGGGCCUAGCCGACGACGAGCCCGCCGACUGUACAGCGUAAACCUUCUGCCACUGUGCUCCUGAGCCUCUACUUUGUUGCGACGUACGUGCACUCUAAAAGUCUUACGGUGAAGAUUCACCAGGGAUGGCGAAAGUUCCUCAUGUUGUGGUGGAGCAGCUUUCAUUGUGCCUCACCUCUAAAAACUCAUCGUACGUUACUUCUAAAUAUUUUGUCGAAUUUCUUUUGUAUUAUGGUGAACAUCUCCACCGCAAUAUGUUUGUGCAGCCUUUCGCCGUAAGACAUUUAGAGUGUAGGCCCAAGGGAUUGCGGGACGCGCCCGCAGGAAUUGAAAUGCGUUGAAAAAAAAAACAAGUCGAACGCUUUUACGUACUUGCACUUGUGUCGUGUCUUUUCUUGUGUAAUACAAUCAUUUACAAUAGUGA